AUGAAUCGAGAUAUUAUUUACACCUGCGAUGUAAAUAACACAAAAAAUAAUUUUUCGCGAACUCUCUAUUUGUAUGAUAAAAAGAUAGUGAUCAGCAGCACAAAAUAGGAUUAGACAACUAAUGAUGCUGUUCAGGAAUAAAGGGGUAGAUCUAUUGACCUUAGUUCUUUUUCAACUACGAUUAGUUGGAUAUUUAAUAAAACAAUAAUUUAAGGGUUUUAAGUAUCGUAUUAUUGUCGUUUUUCGAGUGCUUAAAAGUCUUUAACUUACAGAGGCAAGGCAGAAGAUAUGAAGCAAUUAAAGAAAUUACUGGAUUGUAAAGUGCUGUACACAGACUUCAAUAAUGAUUAUCUGUUUGUUAGUUCAUUGCAUUCAAAAGAGGAUUCUGAAAUAUAAAAAUAUGUUCAAAAAGCCACAAGUCAAGAAAAAUUGGUAAAAAAGGUGAAUUUAAAGAUGAAUUAAUAAGUAAGCUUUUAAUAAUUAUUUAAGUCGAAAUUGGAAAAGGAGGUUAAUAUACUUUUUGAAUUAAAAUAAUAAAAACAUAAAAGUAUUCUUGAAAUAGAGGAAAUUUAUAAAGAAUCAAAUGAAAUCAUAUUUAUAAUGAAGUAUUGUGAGGGGGGAACCCUAUAUAAUUACAUACUAAAUAGAAAAUACUAAAUUGAAUAAUCAGAGAUAAAAUGUAUCAUGAAGAGGUUAUUGAAAGGGGUGAAACACUUACAUAAGUUAGGAAUUAUUCACAGGGAUCUAAAGCUGGAUAAUAUUGUUUUGGAAAAGGAAAAUGAUAUAAAGUCUGUAAAAAUCAUCGAUUUUGGAUUUGCUGUAGAAUUUGGUUAUUAAAACAUAAUGAGAUGUGGUACUCCUGGGUACAUGGCUCCAGAGAUUUUAAAUUAAUAAGAUUACAAUGAAUUAGUUGAUAUUUAUAGUUUAGGAAGUGUGUUUCAUGCUUUAUCGUCAGGAUAAAAGUUGUACCCAGAAUAUAGAGAUAAAAAUCAUUUAGUUUUCUUGAACAAAUUAAAUAAAUAUAAAAUAUCUUCUAAGAUUAUAGACACUGAAUAAAGAUAGCUCCUACUUUUGAUGAUCGGACACAGGAAACAUCGACCUUCAGCUUCUUUUUGUUUAAAGCAUUAGUUUUUCAGAUAGAGGUCUGAAAUUCCUCAUCCAAUAGAAACCUAACUAAAACUUUUGAACUUUCCAACUCUAAAAAAUCCUUUUAGAAAUUAAACUGGAAAGUAUUGA